AUGUGUGUACCGCCGUUCCGAGGUGCGGGUCUCUCGAUGGAGCCGGCACAAUCGGAGACAGGGUCUUCGUCGGAGAUGCUCAGUCUCGGACGGAGGCUAUCGAACAGGGUCUUCACCUCAGGUUGGGCUACCUCGGACGGUACGCAGGUCUCUAUAGGAGCCUGGAGUUUAUCGUUGUCCGAUGCAGGAGGCUAUCGGACAGGAUCUUCGUCGGAGAUGAUUUUAAAAUCGACAUUUUGUAACAAAUGUGAGGAACCAAAACUUCUAUUUAACGGAAAAGUUAAGAUUAUACAAAACAUUGCCUAUUACUUCUGUGAUGCUGGAUACGAAUUGAACACAAAUGAAUAUGUAAAAGGCAGAAAAUGCACUAAAGCUACAAAAUGGGAAGGUUUUUAUGAACCCUACUGUAAAAAAAAAUCUUGUGGAUAUCCCGGUACAGUGAAAAAUGGUUAUCAAAUAGGAAAUGGUUACUCCUUUCAAGAUAGAAUCAGAUACAAUUGCUAUAAUGGUUUUAGAAUGAUUGGAAAUAGUACAAUUAUUUGUGGAAAAGAUGGCAUUUGGUUUCCAAAGAAGCCUCAAUGUAAUUUAGAAUGUUCCGGAACUGACGCCCCGAAGACCCUCAGCUUUCCACCAUUAACUAUAUUACGUCUCAUCUGA